CGCGCGCCGCCCCCGCCGCGCCCCGCGCCGCCCUUGCUAGCCGGCGCCUCCCGCCCCCUGCAUUGCUGAUGCUGCUGCUGGCAGACAUGGACGUGGUGAAUCAGCUGGUGGCUGGGGGUCAGUUCCGGGUGGUCAAGGAGCCCCUCGGCUUUGUGAAGGUGCUGCAAUGGGUCUUCGCCAUCUUCGCCUUUGCCACAUGCGGCAGCUACAGUGGGGAGCUCCAGCUGAGCGUGGAUUGUGCCAACAAGACCGAGAGUGACCUCAGCAUCGAGGUCGAGUUCGAGUACCCCUUCAGGCUGCACCAAGUGUACUUUGAUGCACCCACCUGCCGAGGGGGCACCACCAAGGUCUUCUUAGUUGGGGACUACUCCUCGUCAGCCGAAUUCUUUGUCACCGUGGCUGUGUUUGCCUUCCUCUACUCCAUGGGGGCUCUGGCCACCUACAUCUUCCUGCAGAACAAGUACCGAGAGAAUAACAAAGGGCCCAUGCUGGACUUUCUGGCCACGGCUGUGUUUGCCUUCAUGUGGCUAGUUAGCUCGUCGGCGUGGGCCAAGGGGCUGUCAGAUGUGAAGAUGGCCACAGACCCAGAGAACAUUAUCAAGGAGAUGCCUGUCUGCCGCCAGACAGGGAACACGUGCAAGGAACUGAGAGACCCUGUGACCUCGGGACUCAACACCUCGGUGGUAAGCCCUAAGUGCUGGCUGGAGGAGGGAGAGUGGAAAACAGUACAGUCCGGCAUGGGGAGUAGUGGAGCGGGAGAAUAAGAGGAGAGUCAGGGGAGAUCCAAGGGGUGUCCCUGGAGAACACGUGCCAACACUGAAGGAUGAGCUAGCAAUUGUAACCACUGUGACACCACAGACUGUCCCCAAAGGGGGAACAUGACAGCUUCUGUCCAGAUUAGGUUUGGGAGGCCUGGAUCCCAGACCCAGCCUAGACAUGUAGAAUUUCUGGCAACUCAGCACCCUCUUGGGACCUCAGUUUCCUCAUGUGCAAAAUGAAGGAAAAACUUGAAAUGUUUCCCCACUUGGAUGCCCCCUGCUGGCUGGAGUCAGACUGUCUGCGCUCAAAUCCCAGCUCUACAUCUUGCAAGCUCCCUGACCUGAAACUGGCGACAGCCUAUCAGGGUUCAGUUGAGCAUGUAUAAUCGAAAACUAAUAAUGGGUCUUGCUCCAAAGUUGAGUAUUUAGUGAACUAAUAAUACGGAGUGCUCAGAAAAGGGCCUAGCACAAGGUAAGUCGUAUACAAGGAUUACAGAUGCUAAGAUUACAACUUUUCUUUCCUGUCACUUGCUGGAUGUGAGACUUCAGGUAACUUAGCCUCUAGGGCCUCAGUCUCCUCAACUAUAAAAUGGA